AGAGAGAGAGAGAGAGAGACCCUCCUCUCUUUACAUACAGACAAUAUAUAUAUUUAGUUUGACAUAUAUUUGUGAAGGUAUUAAGUAAGACACAGGUAUUUGAUCAAAAAAAAAGUAAGACAGAGGUAUCAGUUGUUUACUAUUGCUUUUUCUUCUCUUAUUUCUGGGAUCUUAAUCUCCUCAAAGAGCCUGGCUUUAGGGUUUUGGGUGCUGCAAGAAGGGAGGGGUCCAUGAGAAGAGUAUUUAGAGAUACAUUAAUGGUGGCUUCUUGAGAAUCAAGGAAAAAAGUUCUGAGCUUGUGGGGUUUAUUCCUGUACCUAAAGCAUUGGAGUGCAGGAGGAAAGUGCUUGUAUUUUUAAUUUGUUCAUCAAAAUAUGAGUUGGGUCUGAUCUAUGAGGAAGGAGGAUGGUUUCUGAGUGUACCCAAAUGAUCUGUUCAAUGUCAGAAGUUAGAGAGCAAAGAUGGUUAUCUGAGCAUACCCAUUUGAAAAAUUCUUGGAUUCAACAUCAAAUCAAACAGAAAGAUGGUGUUUUGACAUACCCACCUCCUCUUUCUCCUUCAACUUCAUCUCCAUAUGGUGUUAGUAAUUUUCAUAAAGAUUCAAGCCAUUCUUCCUCAUCAUCUGGAACUAGAAUUAGUCCCGCUGUUCUUUUCAUCAUAGUAAUUUUAGCUGUUCUGUUUUUCAUUUCUGGUCUUCUCCACUUGCUUGUUAGAUUUCUCACAAAACACCCGUCUUCAACAUCCUCUCAAUCGGAUAGGUAUCCAGAAGUUUCUAGUUCUGAUACUCUCCAAAGGCAACUACAACAACUCUUCCAUUUACAUGACUCUGGUCUGGAUCAAGCUUUUAUUGAUGCAUUACCUGUCUUCUUGUACAAAGAGAUUGUGGGUCCAAAAGAGCCAUUUGAUUGUGCUGUUUGUUUAUGUGAAUUUUCUGGGAAAGAUAAAUUGAGAUUGCUUCCAAUGUGUAGCCAUGCUUUCCAUGUCAAUUGUAUAGAUACUUGGCUCCUAUCAAACUCAACAUGUCCUCUUUGUAGGGGGGCCCUUUUCAAUCCCGAGUUCUCCAUUGAUAACCCAAUUUUCGAUUUUGACGAUCCAGGGGAAGAAGAUGGAUUUCCUAGUAAUGGGAGAAAUAGGGUGUUUUGCAGUCAGAAGACAGUUGAAAUUGAGGAAAUUGUUGCUGAAAAGGGGGUUUUUCCUGUGAGGCUUGGUAAGUUCAGAAAAUUGGAUGAUGGGGCAGGGGAGGUAGGAGGAGAGACUAGUAGCAGUAAUUUAGACGCAAGAAGGUGUUAUUCAAUGGGUUCAUAUGAGUAUGUGGUAGGUGACACAAACCUCAGGGUGGCCUUGAGCCAUGACAGAGAUGGUCGUGAUCUAAAGCUUGUGAGGGCGACUGAUCACAAUGGCAAUCCUUCUGCUGAUGACGAUAUAGAGGGAAAGAAGAUUAGUGUUGGGGCAAAAACCGACAGCUAUUCUGUUUCUAAGAUCUGGCUUUGGUCUAAGAAGGGCAAAUUUGCAAGUUCUACAGACACCCAAAUGAAUAAUCCUCCAUCUCUUAAUACGGAGCUUCCAUGGAUAGUUAGAACACAAGGUACAUGAAAGGUUUUUACUAUUUUCCCUUGUUGAUUAUUAGUUAAUUAACCAAGCUUGCUAGCAUGUGUUUGCCCCUUGUUUAGAAGAUUUUUGACAUCCUGAUGCAUGAAUUGUGAUUUUAUAUCAUGGCACUAUAAAUGUGC